AAAGUGCUGGGAUUACAGGUGGUCACACUUGUCCUCUAGUUCCCUUUUGUAAGUAAAGUAUAAAUAGAACCAGGCAAAGGUAGUAAGUCGUCUGUGCCUAAAAAGAAAGAAAAAAGCACCAGUAGUUCUCACCAGAAGGGGUGAUUUUGCCUACCAGGGGACAUUUGGCAAGUCAGGAAACAUUUUUGGCUGUUGGAUCUAGAAGGUAAAGGUCAGUGAUGCUGCUAAACAUCCUUCAGUGCAUAGGACAGCCUUCACAAAUAAUUAUUUGGUCAAAGAUAUCUGUCCUGCUGCAGCUGAGAAACCCUGUCUUACGGUUAUUUCUUCAGGAAUAGGAAAUUAAGAUUCACUGAUACUGAGUUUUUCAAAAAAGCAAUCUUAUUUUUGAAAUUAUUCCUUGGCUUGAAAGGUUUGUGAAGUUUAUAUAGCUGAACCAAAAUAGCAUAAUUAGUUUUUAGUGAAUUGUGAGCCAUCGAUUCCCAGGAGAUAGUUGUCAUAGAAUCAUGGAUUCUUGGAUUUGGGAAAGACUUAUGCCUAGAAUUAUUUUACGUCAUUUCUGCUAAGUGGUAAUUCGCCUCUGCCCUAAAGAUCCUCUAUAUUUGAUUUCCCUAUAAUUGUAAGCCCACAAUUAAACUGCUCUUAAUUAAUUUUUGCUUACACUGAGCACCAAUGUCUCAUAAUUUUGACUGUUAAAUGUGAUUCUAUGACGUCGGACUACACUCAAAAGCUGGCCACAUGUGUAAUUUGUACUAGGACAGUGUUUAUAUUUUUGUUUUGAUAAUAACAAAGUAAGUUAAACGUGGUGUAAAUUAGAUCAUUUAAAAUAAUUUGUUAGCAGCUUUUAAUAAGUAGUAUUGUAGUAUUUUCCCUAACUGGUGAAGUGUUAAUGUUCUCGGUACUUGAAAACAAUAGGAAUGUAUGGAAUAUAUGGUUCAUUGGUUCUUUUGUCCCUGUCAAAUAAUGGCACAAUGGAUCUGUGGUUUUUAAAGUACUUUCUCAGUAUAAUGCUGGCAUAUUUGUUUCAAAUUGUGCAUAGACUCUAAAAAGUGAGGUUUUCAAAUUCUGGUCAGUAUAGUUUGCUUUAAAUAGUAGCUACCUCUACUACAAGUUUUAUUUAAUUUGUUCACAAAUGAGUCUGCUAUGAAAACUGGUCCUGUUGCCAGUCACUACCCUCUGUCCUCAAACUUGCUAGGCUUAUAAAUACAGGUAUCAUUUUCACAUCAAGAUUAUACUUUUAGAAUAUGUUUAUUCUAGGACAUGUAGCCCUCAAAAUCUUCUUAAGAUAUACGUCUUAUAAAAUAGCAUGGUUCUUUUUUAUAGUAAAUAGAAUUUUUAUUUAAUUGUCUGUUAACUUUUUUUUUCCAGGGUUCAUUGAAAAAAAUCCUUAGUGAUAUUGACAUGUUUCAAGUGACAUAAAUUAGCCAAUGACUCGGAAUGAUGGAUUCCCCGAAGAUUGGAAAUGGUUUGCCAGUGAUUGGACCAGGGGCUGAUAUAGGGGUAUCUUCACUCCACAUGGUGGGGUAUUUGGGAAAAAAUUAUGAUCCAGCUAAAGUUCCAUCUGAUGGGUAUUGCCCUGCUUGUAGAGAGAAGGGAAAGUUAAAAGCCUUAAAGACUUACCGAAUUAGUUUUCAAGAAUCUAUCUCUCUAUGUGAGGAUCUGCAGUGCAUUUAUCCUUUGGGCUCUAAAUCACUUAAUAACCUAAUUUCUCCUGAUUCAGAAGAAUGUCACACUCCACAUAAGCCUCAAAAAAGGAAGAACCUGGAAAGCAGCUAUAAAGAUUCACUUCUUUUAGCAAAUUCCAAAAAGACUAGAAAUUGUAUUGUUACUGAUAAUGAACAAAUUUUGAACAGCAAACAUAAUGGAGAAGUAUAUGAUGAAAACUCAUCAAACUUACCUGGUAGUAAUGGUCAACAGAAUCCAAUUAGGACAGCUGAUUCCUUGGAGCCAAAUGAGAUUUUGGAAGCUGAUACUGUUGACAUGGCUACUACAAAAGAUCCUGCUACGGGGGAUGUUUCUGGAACUGGCAGACCUUCCCUUCAAAGCGAAGGAUGUACAUCUAAACUGGAAACGCCGUUGGAGAGGAAAUGUACAUCAUUUCCCCAGACUCUGUGUGUCCAGUGGAAAAAUGCUUAUGCUCUCUGUUGGUUGGACUGUAUCCUGUCAGCUUUGGUGCACUUGGAAGAGUUAAAGAACACCGUGACUGGACUCUGUUCGAAGGAGGAAUCUGUGUUCUGGCUGUUGUUUACAAAAUAUAAUCAAGCAAAUAGACUUCUAUAUACCAAUCAAUUGAGUGACGUUAAAGAUGGAGAUUGUAAAAAACUUACCUCAGAAAUAUUUGCAGAGAUAGAGACCUGUCUGAAUGAAGUUAGAGAUGAAAUUUUUAGUAGACUUCAGCCCCAGCUUAGAUGCACAUUAGGUGAUAUGGAAAGUCCUGUGUUUGCAUUUCCCCUGCUCUUAAAACUAGAACCCCGUAUUGAAAAGCUUUUCCUAUCUUCUUUUUCUUGGGACUUCAAAUGUUCACAGUGUGGACAUCAAUAUCAAAACAGGUGUAUGAAGAGUCUGAUCACCUUUACAAAUGUCAUCCCUGAGUGGCACCCACUUAAUGCUGCCCAUUUUGGUCCAUGUAACAAUUGCAGCAGUAAAUCACAAAUAAGAAAAAUGAUAUUGGAAAAAGUAUCUCCCAUAUUCAUGUUGCACUUUGUAGAAGGCUUACCACAGAAUGACUUGGAGCAUUAUGCAUUUCAUUUUGAAGGCUGUCUUUACCAAAUAACUUCGGUAAUUCAGUAUCAAGCAAAUAAUCAUUUUAUAACAUGGAUUUUAGAUGCUGAUGGAAGUUGGCUGGAAUGUGAUGACUUAAAAGGCCCAUGUUCUGAGAGGCAUAAGAAAUUUGAAGUGCCUGCUUCAGAGAUACAUAUUGUUAUUUGGGAAAGAAAAACAUCCCAAGUGACAGAUAGAGAAGCUGCCUGCCUUCCACUUAGAAAGACUAAUGACCAACACGCUGUCGGUAAUGAGGAACCAGUAUCUUCAACGUCCCUUUCUGUGGGUGAUGCUGCCUCAGCUGACACAGCCUCAGUAACUCACCCUAAAGAUACAUCAGUCGCCCAUCAUACUCUUUCACAGGACUCAGCUGUAACUCAUGGAGAGCACGCACUUUCAGGUUCCAAAGGUUUGGUUGACAAUAUUUUACCUUUGAUACUUGAAGAAACUACCCACAAAACAGCCUCAGUUUCACAGUUAAAUUCUGAAGCUUUCCUGUUAGAAAAUACACUUGUAGCAGAAAAUACAGGGAUUCUCAAAACAAGUACUUUGCAAUCACGAGAAUCACUAAUGGCUUCUUCAGUAUCAGCUCCAUUGAAAGAAAAGCUUAUCCAGGACCAAUUUGUAAGCAUAAGUUUUCCAUCCCAAGUUGUAACUACCAACAUGCAGUCAGCACGGCUGAAUAGAGAAGGUACUGUAAGUACGAAAUUUGUGAGUAACACUCAUGCUACUGGUCUUACACAGGCAGUGAAGUCAGUAGAAAUUGAGAGGGAUGCUCAGUUAAAACAGGUCCCUACACCCAAAACUGAACAAUUAAAACCAGAACAUGUCACAUCUCAGGUAUCUAAUUUGAAGAAAGAAGAAACUACAGCAGAUUCUCUGACCGCAUCUAGGUUACUACAGAAUCAGUCUCUGAAAGAAAAUCAGAAGAAGCCAUUUGUGGGCAGUUGGGUUAAAGGCUUAAUAAGCAGAGGUGCUUCUUUUAUGCCACUCUGUGUUGCAGCUCAUAAUAGAAACAGUAUAACUGAUUUACAACCUGCAGUUAAAGGGGUAAAUAAUUUUGGUGGCUUUAAAACUAAAGGUAUAAAUCAGAAGGCCAGCCAUGUAUCCAAGAAAGCUCGUAGGAGUGCGACUAAGCCUCCUCCCAUCAGUAAGCCACCAGCAGUCCCUCCGUCGUCUGAUGGCACAGCUGCCCCCCUGCAUGCUCAUGCUGCUUCAGAAGUUUUGGAAAAGUCUGGAAGCACCUCAUGUAGCACUCAACUCAAGCACAGUUCUCAUGGAAAUGGUGUUUCUUCAUCAAACCAUGAAGACUUGGUGGAAGGUCAGAUUCAUAAACUCCGUCUAAAACUUCGCAAAAAACUGAAGGCACAAAAGAAGAAAUUAGCUGCUCUAAUGUCUUCCCCACAAAGUGGAACAGCUCCAAGUGAAAAUCUAGAACAGGUGUCCCAGGGUGGGUCUCCAAAUGAUUGUGAAUCAAUAGAGGACUUGUUAAAUGAGCUACCUUAUCAAAUUGAUAUUGCCAGUGAGUCUGCAUGCACCAGUGUUCCUGGUGUUUCCCUGUAUGGUAGUCAAACUCAUGAAGAAAUUUUAGCAGAAUUAUUGUCUCCUACAACUGCUGUUUCAGCAGAGCCGUCAGAAAAUGGGGAAGGUGACUUUAGGCAUUUGGGAAUGGGAGAUAGUGAUAUCCCAUCACCAGUACCAAGUGAAUUAAAUGAUGUUUCCCAGAACACACAUCUGAGACAGGACCAUAAUUAUUGUAGCCCCACCAAGAAAAAUCCAUGUGAAGUUCAGCCAGAUUCUCUGACAAAUAAUGCCUGCGUUAGAACAUUAAACUUGGAGAGUCCCAUAAAGAAUGGUAUUUUUGAUGAGUUUUUUCCACCCUCAUCAUUAAGUGCUUUAGCAAGUGACCCAUUAGAUCUACCUCAUUUUGAUGAAUAUCUGUUUGAGUAUUGAAUAAAUGCUUGUUAACUUUUUUCAUGUAAUAUUUAUUAUUCUUAGAACUUACUAUGUGUUCAGGUAGUGUUUAUACACUGGACUUGUGUAAUUACUUGUGUAAUAACCAUGAACAAAAUGGAAGGUUUUACCUUUGGUUCUGCGCUUGGAGCAUGUAGUCUGUCACACAAAUUAAAAUCAUUCAAUGUGUU